AUGGCACCCGGAGUGCUGAUGGUGGCGGAAAAGCCGUCGAUUGCUGAGACAAUCGCCAAGAUUCUCUCAGGAGGAGAUUUCCACAAACGAAAGGGAAUCUCGCCGGUGACGAGCGUCUGGGAGUUUCCCGGCACAUUCCGUGGUGAAGCCGUCCACUUCAAGGUCACAUCCACAGCGGGACACAUCUUCCAAACGGACUUUCCUCGACAGUACAAUGACUGGGAAAAGACGAAUCCGGUGGAGCUCUUCGACGCGCCGGUGGUGAAGGUCGAGGCGAACCCGAAGCACCGCUUGCCCGCCCAUCUGCAGAAGGAGGCGCACGGCUGCAAGUUCCUCGUGCUCUGGCUGGACUGCGAUCGCGAAGGCGAAAACAUCUGCUUCGAAGUCAUCGGCAUCGUUGCGCCUCAUCUCCCAAAGCUCCCCGGCGGCCAACAGCAGGCAAGGCGCGCGCGACUCAGGAAACACACGAGCAGAGAGGGAGAGACGCCCGCGACGGGAUCGAAUCGCCAGGCGCAAGAAAGUCUCGAACAGACUCUCUCGGCUGUCGCCGGGAUGGUCCCUCCGAAAAGAUGUAAAAAAAUCUGGCGAGCGAAAUUCUCUGCCUUGGCGCAUGCAGACAUCCAAAAAGCGAUGCGGACUUUGGGGAGCCCCAACAAGAACGAAUCCGAUUCUGUCGAUGCUCGCCAAGAACUUGAUCUGAAGGUUGGCUGCGCCUUCACCAGGUUUCAGACUCAGUACUUCCAGGGGAAGUAUGGCGAUCUGGACGCCUCGCUGGUCUCCUACGGCCCCUGCCAAACUCCGACGCUCCAAUUCUGCGUUCAGAGAUACGACGACAUCCACGCCUUCCAGCCUGAGACUUUCUACACUCUGGAUACGUCGAUUCGCGUCGGCGAGCAGGAACUGUUUCUCGACUGGGAGCGCGGCCAGGUCUUCGACUCCGUCGUCGCCCACACGUACAAAGAUGUCGUUUCUGCGCAAGGCGGCGUCGCCGUCGUUGUCGACGUCUCUGAGAAGGAAGAGAAGUUGCCUCGGCCGCAGGCGCUCAACACGGUGAAUAUGCUCAAACUCGCCUCGCAGCGCCUCGGUAUGGGCCCCCAACAAGCCAUGCAGACGGCGGAGCGACUGUAUCUCUCAGGCAUUGUGACUUAUCCGAGAACGGAAACUUGCAAAUACCCAGACAGCUUCGACCUUCGCGGCACCGCUGCGGCGCAGACCUCGAACCCCUACUGGGGUGGCUACGUCAAAGAGCUGCUUUCGUCGGGUCUCGCUCGCCCCCGAGACGGCGUGGACGCAGGUGAUCACCCCCCGAUCACUCCCGUCCGUUCAGCGACUGAGGCUGACGUCGGCGGCGGCGACGCCUGGGCCCUCUACGAGUUGAUCACCCGCCACUUCCUCGCCUCCAUCAGUCCCGACUGUCGCUUCUUGAAGCGAAAAGUAACCUUCAGCGUCAACGACGAGAUCUUCUCGCUCUCCGGUCGCCACAUGCUCGACGGCGGAUUCACGCGCGUCAUGCGAGGCGACGGCAUGAAAGAUGUCUCCAUUCCGGAUUUCAGAAAGGGCGACCAAGUCCCCCUGCACAAAGUCGCCGUCGGGUCGGGUCAGACGCACCCCCCGCCUUUUCUGUCCGAGUCGGAUCUCCUCGGGCUCAUGGAGAAGCACGGGAUCGGCACAGACGCCUCGAUGGCGACGCACAUCAACAACAUCUGCGAACGAAACUACGUUUCUCUGGUGUCCAACAGGCGACUGGAGCCGACGAAACUCGGCGUCUGUCUUGUGCACGGCUACAUGGCAAUCGACCCUGACCUCGUGCUGCCGUCGCAUCGAAGCCCUCGUCGACGUUAUCGCUCAAGGCAAGUCGGUGGACGAAGAGAGGGAACUGGGCACCAAAAGCUCGGCCACGUGCUCGUCGAGAAGCUCAGCGCACUGCUCAGUUCACACGGCGCCUCUUUCCCAGUGUGCCUUUCUCGGGCGUCUUCCUUCGCUCACAUGAAAGGCCGACCUCGCCGCCGUUGUCACGCACUCGCUGUACAUGUUCAAACUCAAGUUUGCUUACUUCCUUCGACAGGGAACGCGCUGUCGCGUUGUGGACGGUGCAAUCGGUACAUGAAUCUCAUCACGAAGCGACCGACGCGUUUGCAUUGUCGGACCUGCAACGAAACCUACAACAUGCCUCCGAAUGGGGCAAUCAAACUCUACAAGGAACUUCGGUGUCCUCUCGAUAAUUUCGAGUUGGUCCUCUUCACGCAGAAGGGCGGCAAAACGUUCCCUCUGUGCCCGCUGUGCUACAACGAUCCUCCUCUGGAAGGCGCAGUGAACAAAAUGUCUUGCGUUGAAUGCACGCACCCCACCUGCAAGCACGCGAUUGAGGCCGUUGGCGUCCUUCAGUGUCCCCAGCCGGAGUGCAAAGGCAUCUUGUACCUCGACGUUGUUUCGGGACCCAAGUGGAAACUCGACUGCAACGCGUGUCAAUAUCAAGUCAAGCUGAUGGAGGGCGCACACAGAAUCUCCGUGACCAGCGACGAGUGCGACACCUGCGGCUCUGCGCUUCUGAACGUCGUGAUGAACAAAACGAGGCCUUUCAAGGAUGGCGAAAUCGAGAAAGUGGCAUGCUUUGUCUGCGACGCUGAGCUCAAUGCUCUCGUGGAAAGCACCUUCGCCAAGACCUUCCGCAGCAGACGCUCUGGACGCGGUCGAGGGCGCGGCCGAGGCCGGGGCAGAGGCCGAGGACGAGGCCGGAAGAUCGAAGACCCAAAGAUGACGUUCGAUGGAUUUUAA